ACUGCCAAAAUGAAGUUCAGGCCUUUUGUGACUUCUGACCAGAGCAAGAACCAUCAAAGCUAUUUCAACGCAUCUUCCCACAUUCAUAGGAAGAUUACAUCUUUCCCUCUUUCCAAAGAGCUGAGGCAGAAGUACAAUAUGCGAUCCAUGCCCAUCCGGAAGGACGAGGAGCUUCAGGUGGUGCCAGGCCACUACAAAGGUAAGCAAAUUUACAAAGUAGUUGAGAGUUACAGAAUGAAAUAUGUCAUCUACAUUGAACGAGUCCAGCAGGAGAAGGCAAAUGGAACAACUGUUCGAGUGGGUGUUCACUCCAGUAAGGGGGUUAUCACUAGACUAAAACUGGACAGAGACCACAAAAAGGCCCUUGAACACAAAGCCAAGCCUCAUCAAGUAGGAAAGGAAAAAGGAAAAUAUAAGAAAGAAACACUUGAGAAGAUGCAGAAAUAA